AUGCAGAUAUGUAGGGGAAGGAACCUUACGUGUACGGCGAGGCCACAGGAUCUCUGGCCAGCGACGCCGCUGUGGGGUGUCCUUUCCGGUUUCUCUAAACAUAUCUGCGAGGUGAUGACUUUGCUCUUGCUCUCACUACCAAUACCAAGAAUAAUGGGGAUCAAGGUCACAGUUGGUCUAAGCAAUGUCCAAAGCGCGAGUGUGGAAUUCCAUGAAAGAGAGCAAAUGAGCGAGAGGGAGCCAGUGUUUAGCAGCAAGUUCCUCAUGCUGCAGAUCAACAUCAAAGUCGCAAUUGAUCUCUGCAAGUAUGCAACCAUCAAAUGUACUGACUUAGGCCAAAAGAUAGUGUGCUGGGAGGACUUGACAGAGGAAUUAUAG